AUGGCUGGAAGUCCGAAAACUACCCUUACAGGGGUUGGUUAUGGAGGGCCUGUUGGUUGCAAGGAGGUAGCCAUUGGGGCCAAGCCGUUACCUCCCGCAGAUCGGGUUAGGUUGGCGAUGCUGCAGAGCUUGGCCGUUGGAUUCCAGAGUGGAAAUACAAAGAUUUAUGUUGCUGUUGGAGGAGGUGGUGCAGUAUCUACAGCUGUUGGAUUAAUUAUCUGGUAUUUUGUAACAAGAAAUGUGGCACCAGUUUGUGAAACGCGAUGUGGCUUGUCUGAAGAUUGUAUCUUCUCAUCACAGUGGUGUGAUGGAACAGUCGAUUGUCCCAAGGGAGAAGAUGAAAUGUCCUGCUUAACAACAACACAACCAACAGGGGUGACAAUACCAUGUGAAAAGAGAUGUGGCUCGUCUGUGCAUUGUAUCUUCUCAUCCCAGUGGUGUGAUGGAACAGUCAAUUGUCCCAACGGAGAGGAUGAAAUGUCUUGCUUGAGAUUGUAUGGAGCAGACUUCCAACUGCAGGUCUAUUCUACAUUAAAGUCAACAUGGCUGCCCGUUUGCGCUGAUGAUUGGACUGAUGACUAUGGGAGGUUUGCCUGCCAGGACAUUGGAUACAAUCGGCAAUCCUAUAAAGGAUAUAAUACACUGUUAUUCAGAUUUGCCCCUAAUGGAUAUUUCAAACUGAAGACAGGAUUGCUGACCAGCAAAUUUUAUACAGGCAUGGAAUACAGCAAUUCGUGUUUAUUUGGCUAUGUGGUGUCUUUAAGAUGUAUAGAUUGUGGUGUUGCAUAUAAAAGUGUAACCAGCCGAAUAACAGGAGGAUCCAUUGCUUCAUUGGGAAACUGGCCCUGGCAAGUGAAUCUACAGCACAGAAAAGGAGAAUUUUGUGGCGGGUCCAUCAUUUCACCAAAAUGGAUAGUAACUGCAGCUCAUUGUGUAGAUGGGUAUCCAACUGCUUCAGACUGGAAGGUUUUCUCUGGGACAUUGACCCUGCCAAGUUACAGUGACACCAGUGGCUUGUUGGUGCAAACAAUAUUUACACACCCUGUUUAUAAGUCUUAUGAUAAUGACAUAGCCAUAAUGAAGCUCCAAGAUGAAAUAACAUUUGAUAAUUACACUCAACCAGUGUGCUUACCCAACUAUGGAAUGUAUUGGGGUGCUGACACCACAUGUUGGAUAUCUGGUUGGGGUAGGACCAACGAGGCAAGUAGCACGUCUACAUACCUGAGAUAUGCACAAGUACUAGUAGUUGACUCAAACAAAUGUAAUUAUAGUAAUUUACAUAAUGGAAGAAUAACAUCUUCAAUGCUAUGUGCUGGUUAUCUUUCAGAAGUAAGAGAUACUUGCCAGGGAGAUAAUGGAGGACCUUUAGUAACCUUCACAAACGCUCGUUGGUGGCUUGUUGGAGAUGCCAGCUGGGGAUUUGAUUGUGGUCAGGCCAAUAUACCUGGGGUAUAUGGGAACGUGACUGUAUUCUUAGAAUGGAUAUAUUUACAGAUGAAGGUAAGAAAUAUCACUGCACGUCACUGUGUGGUGAAAAAAUUACAUUAUACAUAUUAUGUGAAAAUGGUUGCCACUAGUCCUGUUUUAACCUAG